UCUGGAUCAGCUGCUUCUGUCUGAUCACGUGCUUCUUCAGUCCACUUCUUCUGUCUGUCAGAUCCAAUAUGGCGGCCCCCGUGGCAGCGCGUGAGCUUUUCACAAACGGUGUCAAAGCAGUUCUUCACGGCUGGCCGGUUCUACAGAUUGCGGUGGAUAACGGAUUUGGGGGCAUUUAUGGCCAACAGAAAGCUGAUUGGAUGGUGGAUGUGGUUCAGCAGUAUCUCCAUGACAACGCUGACUUGCAGCAGUGUGAGGUGGAAGACUUCAUCUCGGAGUUAAUGGAUCAGGAAUUCGACACAGUGGUGGAAGACGGAAGUUUGCCUCAGGUGUCGUGCACUCUCCUGCAGAUGUUCUGUCAUUACCAGCAGGGGGCGCUGCAGCAGCUCAGGCUCACCAUAGACUCUCUGACACAUAAACAGACGCAGAGGAUGAAAGUUGAGGCCUCGUCCCCUCAGUUUGAUGACGAGAGUGACAAGGAAACACAGCUGAUGGAGUGUGACGUCUUUGGUCCAUCAGUCGGCAGGACACAUCCUCCUCCUCAGGACGAAGAGGACGGCUGGACGGUGGUUAGAAAGAAGAAGUGAUGAUGAAGAGGAGGAAGAGCAGCUGUGAAACAGAAAGGAUGGAGGAACUCUGGCUUAUAUUAAACAUGGUGAAUGUGGUGGUUUGUUCUGGUUCUGUAACAGGUUGUUGGUUCUGAUCCCAGCAGUCCCAUGAUCCCAGUUCAGUUUGUUCCCAGUACCAACGUCCCACCUGAAAGACCUGAUCUUCAUCUCUGAGCUUCUUUUCUGGACGGAGGAACAUGAGACAGGUGGGCCGGUGAAGGCCCGCCCUCCUUCACCGGCCCACCUGUCUGAGGUGAAGGAGUGCUGGUGUUCACCGGGACCCCGAGGAGGAUGUGAUUCUCUUCUCUUAAUGCCACAUUUAAAACGAUGAAAACCUUCCUCUCGUGUAUCUACGUUCAGCACUAUGGAAGGUUUCACCGUUUUUAUUAGAAUGCAGCAACACCGAGUCUGGAUCCCACCGAAGUGUCGGGAACAAACACCACGUACCACUCAUAGACUGUAUAUAAAAGAUGGGCGGAGCCUCCGUGACGUCACCUGUAGGUUUCUGAAGUUCAUUGGAUGGUUCCCACCGUCGCCAUUUUGGCAGUGAAAAUCCAAAAAUGGGCAAACAGGUGGA